AUGGAAGGUGUGGACCAAAAUAAGGAAGGUGUGGACCAUUAUAAGGAAGGUGUGGACCAACAAAAGGAAGGUGUGGACCAACAUAAGGAAGGUGUGGACCAACAUAAGGAAGGUGUGGACCAACAAAAGGAAGGUGUGGACCAACAUAAGGAAGGUGUGGACCAAAAUAAGGAAGGUGUGGACCAACAUAAGGAAGGUGUGGACCAACAUAAGGAAGGUGUGGACCAACAUAAGGAAGGUGUGGACCAAAAUAAGGAAGGUGUGGACCAACAAAAGGAAGGUGUGGACCAAAAUAAGGAAGGUGUGGACCAACAUAAGGAAGGUGUGGACAAAUUUAAGGAAGACAUGGACUACGAAAAAGAAGUCAUGGACCAAUAUAAGGAAGUCAUGGACCAAUAUAAGGAAGUCAUGGACCAAUAUAAGGAAGUCAUUGACCAUAUAAGGAAGUCAUGGACCAAUAAAGUCAUGAACCAAUAUAAGGAAGUCAUGGACCAAUAUAAGGAAGUCAUGGACCAAUAUAAGGAAGUCAUGGACCAAUAUAAAGAAGUCAUGGACCAAUAUAAAGAAGUCAUGGACCAAUAUAAAGAAGUCAUGGACCAAUAUAAAGAAGUCAUGGACCAAUAUAAAGGGGUCAUGGACCAAUAUAAGGAAGUUAUGGACCAAUAA